AUGUUCGUGUUGCGUGUAGUCGGUGCGCGUAUGGGCGCCGAGCAUGCGCGGGCGAGGCACUGGCCGCGAGGAGUGACGGAGGCAGCAGGUUGCGCGGGAGUGCCGUCCCCCUCCCCCUCAGUCCGCGGCGCGGCAAGGCUGCCCCUGCGCCGCUCGCACAGAGGCGACGUGGCAUUUGAUGAAGGAAGGGGUGUUCCCGACCCGAUGCCGCGCCGCCUUCCUUGUGACGUGCGCCUAAUUGCAUAUGACGAAGGUAACAGUACGGCAAACGAGCAGACGCUGCUGGUAGUAAGCAAUUGGUGCCGCCCAUGGACACCCGCAACACCAAAGGAGUUACGAGAGCGUUGCCAGCCUUUUAGGGGUCUGGGUGUGCUGGCGGCUGCAUGCGCAGUAAUGUACCAAGCUGGAUUAGGAGAAGAAACGAGGUGGUUUUUAAUGCUCACCCGUUUCAAUCAAGGCAUAUUAGAUGUGGUGCAGGUAGUAGGGCUGGCCGUGGAUGGGCCGCCGCAGUGCGGCUGA